ACGACGUUCCCGACGCAUGGCGGACUGCUGUGGACGAUGCCCAUGAAGUUCUUAGUCCUUCUAGUUGCGCUGUUGCUAUGGCAUUCGUCUCUGCAGGCGUAUCCGAGAAUAACUGUGACGCCUGAAGAAGAACAAAACUUGAAUCAUUACGUACAAGUUUUACAGAACCUAAUACUAAGUGUUCCCACUAAGGAGCCAGGUCGUCAGAAAAAAUCAAAGUCUCCUAAUAAUGUUAAUUCUGUAGGACCGAGAGUAUCAAAAUUUAGGGAGAUAAUUACACAUGAGGAAGGUUCAGCUGAGAAUGAUGUUUUAAUCAAUCCUGUCACUGAGGAAACUACAACUUUCCCUACUAGGGGCUUCACGCUGGAAAUAGAGAAGCAAAGAAGUACUAAAAGUACAGCAUUCUGGUCGAUUAAACCAAAUAAUAUUUCUGUUGUUUUACAUGCAAAAGAACCUUACAUUGAAAAAGAAGAGCCAGAGCCAGAGCCAGAGCCAACUGUAAAUCAAACUGAACCAGGAAAGUCAUCGCCAGAUGUUCAUGAAUCAUUUACAAGUCAAGGUGUCACCCCUUCAACUAAGGACAUUGACCUGAAUACUAUCCCAGAAGAAGAUGUCCCUCAGCUCUCAGGUGACUAUGAGUGGGAAAAUCCCGAACCAGAGAAUCCGUAUAAUGAAGACAUUUUGAAAAAAAUUUCAGAUAUUGAUUCACAAGUGCAACAGGUACCUCUUCCUGAGAGCUUCAAGCCAGAAUAUAGAGCAGACAUUCAAGCCUCUAAAGAACACUUGAAACGAAGCCUUGCUCUGGCAGCAGCAGCAGAACAUAAAUUAGAAAAAAUGUAUAAAUCCCAGAUGUUGCCACUAGGACGAAGCAGUGGUGGAAUUGAUGACAUUGAAACUGUUAUUAACAUGCUGUAUAAUUCUAGAUCAAAAUUAUCUGAAUAUUUAGAUAUUAAACAUGUUCCACCAGAGAUGAGAAAAAAAGCUACUGCAGUAUUCAGUAUAUUAAAAAAUAUAUUAUGUGUAAAUAAAGGAGAAACUCAAAACCUUAUUAGGAAAUUAUUAAACAAUAAUAUAAAAAUUAUAAAUCUACUUAAUAUUCCAUGACAAAGUUGAUUUAAUCUAACUGUGCAUUCAGUCACAGGAGAAAUAAGCAUAUUCAUGAUUUAAAGCUGUAUAAAAAUAUUUUCUCUUGUAUUUCAAUGUGCUAACAUCUUUACAUGUCACGUGUUAUGAAAAUUUUUCAUAUGCACUAAACUAAUAAUUUAAAAUAAAAUUUUGGUUCAGGAA